CCGGCGCCCGCCGCUCCCGGGGCUCGGCGCGGGCCAGGGGAAUCGGGAGCCCGCUGCCGGGGUCGCAGUAUGGGGCGCUUUCGCGGGGGUCUGCGGUGCAUCAAGUAUCUACUGCUCGGCUUCAACCUGCUGUUCUGGCUGGCCGGAUCGGCAGUCAUUGCAUUUGGACUAUGGUUCCGGUUCGGAGGAGCCAUAAAGGAACUGUCGUCGGAGGACACGUCCCCGGAGUAUUUCUAUGUAGGGCUCUAUGUGUUGGUUGGAGCUGGGGCCCUGAUGAUGGCUGUGGGGUUCUUCGGGUGCUGUGGAGCCAUGCGUGAGUCACAGUGUGUGCUUGGAUCAUUUUUCACCUGUCUGCUGGUGAUAUUUGCUGCCGAAGUAACCACUGGAGUGUUUGCUUUUAUAGGCAAGGACGUAGCCGUACGACACGUACAGACUAUGUAUGAGGAGGCAUACAGCGAUUACCUUAAAGGCCGGGGAAGGGGCAAUGGCACCCUCAUCACCUUCCACUCGGCAUUUCAGUGCUGUGGGAAAGAAAGCUCUGAACAAGUCCAGCCCACCUGUCCAAAGGAGCUUCCAGGCCACAAGAAUUGCAUCGACAAAAUUGAAACCGUAAUCAGUGUUAAGCUGCAGCUCAUUGGAAUUGUUGGUAUUGGAAUUGCGGGUCUCACGAUCUUUGGCAUGAUAUUCAGCAUGGUGCUUUGCUGCGCAAUAAGAAACUCACGAGAUGUGAUUUGAAGAUACUUCAUCAUGAAAAUUGCUGUCUAGAGUUUUCAUGCUAAAUGUCACAAGAGCUAUCUCAGCUCACUUUUAAUAUUCAGGAUUUUAGAAGCUAAAAUAAUUUGCUUUGAACUGUACAUUUGCACAUGUAUGUAUGUCUGACUCAUUACUGACUUGCCCCUGGAGUGAAUGCCACGUGUGGUCUGUGUGUUUCUGGUAUAUGCAUUGCAGUGCUGAUAUCUGUUUCCUGGGAAUCCCUAGUUCGUGUGUGCAGACAGAAUAACCUAUUGAAGUACCAGGGGGAAAGCGAUCAAGUUGUGAAAGACUUGUAAAACCUGGCUGUUCAGGGAAUGUGAUAAUGGCCCAUUUCUCAGAUUUUAGCCAUUUAAGUUAGAUCCAUAAAGAGAAUGCAGGAUUUCUAGUUAGUGGAAGCAAUAAGCUAUUAGAACUGAGGGGUCAAGAUUGACUGUGUCUGAGUUGAGUGUAAAGGUUUCUUGGAGUAUAUAUAUUCUCCCCAGAAUACAGUAAACCCACAGUUUUAGAACUAAACACAUCUGUAAAAGUAAAUAUAGCAUAGAAAAUCUAAUUUGAAAACACUGUACUUUCUUAGUAUUUAAAGCAGAAAACCUCUCUCUGGAAAGGGAAGUUACAUAGACAAGCACGUGCCCCAUAAAAGUGAGUGCUUUUAGGACUAAAAAUAGCAACUUUUAAGGGGGAAAAUGUUGCUAGACAAAGGCAUGUAGAUGUUGCUUUAGCCCUCUCUUUCCUGUCUCUGCUUUGAACUGCUGAAAGCCUCGCCUUUCCAGAAGGGCUUUCAUCUCCCGCUCCUCGUGCUUCUCCAGUUACAGUGGUAGACAGACAGGAAGAGCGCUGCAGUGCGGAGCUGGCGAACCCCACAGUGGCAGACAGACAGGAAGAGCGCUGCAGUGUGGGGCGGGCGAACCCCACAGUGGCAGACAGACAGGAAGAGCGCUGCAGUGCGGGGCUGGCGAACCCCACAGUGGCAGACAGACAGGAAGAGCGCUGCAGUGCAGGGCGGGUGAACCCCACAGUGGCAGACAGCAAGAGCGCUGCAGUGCGGGGCGGGCAAACUCCACUGGCACUGCUCCUUUGGAAUACCUCAUAACUUGAGUUUACAUAUCUUCCUAAUUUUUUUGCAUUUUUUCUAAUUAAUCCAUGUAGAGAAUUCUUUGUAGAUUUAGAAUACAGUUUUUAUCCUUUAAAAUAAAUAAAUCCCCCAUAACGCAAGAUAUUAUAUUAUGAGUAACGUGGUCAAACCAAGAUAAACACCUUCUCCAAGAUGUGUACACACAACAAAGGCAAGCUGGCGAAUCAAAGAUACUUUUCUACAUACAGCGCCAGCACAUGUAUGUUCUUUCUCAGCAAAUCCCUGUGGGAAGCAAUGCUCAGGUUCUCUGGGGGCCUGAGUGGUUGAUUCGAAAUGGGAAAACCCAGCCAGGGCUCAGCCUCUUGACUGCAAGAGGGAAACCCCCGAGCAGGGAUCUAAACCGGCAAGUUUGUCACGAUUUAACAGCUUGUUAACCGACAUAACUUACACAUUUUAACAUUGUAUUUGACCACACAAAAGUGAGGGCGUGAGGGAUUUUGGAAACCCUAAGAGGAGCUUCUGCGCCCACUAGGAACACAAGACUUUGGGUAUGUGUGAAAGUGCUGAGAAACCUACGCAAAGUAGUUUGCUGAAAACACACAGCUGCCGGGAUGGUCUUGCCCAGAGCGCCACUCACUGCUUUCUUUCAGCUGUUCUUGCUACUGCUACUAGCUUUAGAGAAAAAAGUGUGAGGGAGUUGACAGCUUAACUGCGUGUGACUACUCUACCUAAGCAAAAUAUUAGUUGUUUUUUUUUUUUUUUUAACAUCUCUUCAUGUUUUUAAACCCCAGUCGCUGACAAACGCAACCUUUGAAGCAAAGAGGCCUAUCUUAUAGCUUCAGUUUAUAUGUCCAUGCCUGAGGACAGAAAGCAGGCUGAAGUGUGCCCUCAGGUUACGCCAGCUCAGAAUUAUUUUCCGUUCAGAACUGAGUUUCAUUCUCUAUCUGAAUGGACAACUUUAAGGAAAACUGCAGGAACUAUGAGUGGAAGAAUAGGAAUAAUUUUUUACCGUGGAGGACUAAGUCUAGAAACCUGUGCUGUGUGUGAUUAGUGUACCUUCUGUGGCUUAAGCUUUCCAAAGAAUGUGUGAGUAAGAUUAGAGAAUUCCAUCUCCGAGUAAAGAUGGAUAUAUAUCUUUAUGUGAAUAGAUAAAGCUAUAUCUAUAGAGAUAUAUAAUCCCUAUGUCUUGACCUAUACAUAUCUUAAAUACAUAUCUCUUGAGGAUUUAUACAUAUGUAAUUUUAAUACAUGUGUGCCUGUAUGAAAUUAUGGAGAUAAAUGUUUGUAUGCAUACACAUGCCCCUGUGUAUACAUUUUCAAUUGUUUCUGUAGACCUGAAAUAAUUUGAGAUCAAACCUAAACAUUUUAAGUUAUUUCAAAUUAAAUUUUCUAUGUACUUAC